AUGGAGGCGGCGGGCGGGCUGCUGGCGCGGGCGCGGCUGCGGCGGGCCGAGGCCGUGCGGCUCCGCAAGCGGAGGUCGGUGCUGUACGGCGCCCCCGGCGGGCGGCGCGGCGGCGGUCCGCCCGGCGAGAGCCCCCGGCUGGUGGCGCUGGCGGUGGCGCUGCGCGGGCUCAACUGCGCGCUGGUGCAGACGAGCUUCGUGCCCGACGAGUACUGGCAGUCGCUGGAAGUCGCGCAUCGCAUGGUGUUUAAUUAUGGCUACCUGACUUGGGAAUGGGAAAACGGCUUAAGGGGCUAUUCAUACCCAUUGAUCUUUGCGAGCAUCUAUAAAGUUUUACAGCUCCUAGCUAAGGAUGAUGUUCAACUGCUGAUAUGGGUCCCUAGACUUGUCCAAGCACUUCUGGCAGCUUUUGCUGAUGUGAAGCUUUAUUCAUUAGUGAGACACCUUGAAAAUGCAGAAACAGCAAAGUGGGUGUACUUCUGCCAGCUGUGCUCCUGGUUUACAUGGUAUUCCUGUACCAGAACUCUAACAAACACCAUGGAAACCCUUCUUACCAUUUUUGCUCUUUCCUACUAUCCAAUAAAAGGUUCCAAGAUGGGGAGCAGUUGCAAAUAUUUAACUUUAGUAGCACUUGCAAUUGUUAUUCGUCCCACUGCUGUUAUUCCAUGGAUACCUCUAGUCUUCAAUCAUUUUUGGCAAGAACAAAAAAAAGCUGACCUUGUCUUACACACCUGCAUUCCAGUUGGAUUGGUCACAGUGGGAACCUCUUUAAUAAUUGACCGUGUGUUUUUUGGUAAGUGGGUACUAGUUCAACUGAACUUCUUGAAAUUCAAUGUGCUGCAGAAUUUGGGAACAUUUUACGGUUCUCAUCCUUGGCACUGGUACUUUACCCAGGGACUACCAGUUAUCUUGGGUACCCAACUGCCUUUCUUUAUACACGGCUGUGUACAGGCACCAAGAAGAUAUCGCAUCUUUCUAAUAGCAGUCAUCUGGACCGUGUUAGUAUACAGCAUGCUGAGCCAUAAAGAAUUCAGAUUCAUCUAUCCAGUGCUGCCAUUUUGCAUAUUUUUUUGUGGAUAUUCUUUGGAACAACUGAAAGCCUGGAAGAAAUCUGCAGCAAGUUUCCUGCUUUUAUCAAACUUGCUCCCAGCACUGUAUACAGGCUUGAUUCACCAGCGAGGCUCUCUUGAUGUUAUGAGUCAUGUACAGCAACUGUGUAAUAACUCUUACCAGUCACAAGCUUCUGUCCUCAUCAUGAUGCCAUGCCACACUACUCCAUUUUACAGCCACGUUCAUUGUCCUUUAAAAAUGAGAUUCCUUCAGUGUCCCCCGGACCUAACUGGAAAUGAGAGCUAUAUUGAUGAAGCAGAUUUAUUUUACUCUAAUCCACUUGCCUGGCUUAAUGAGGAGUUUUACAAUGAUACGUUAUUACCCAGCCACUUGAUUUUCUUCAAUGUGCUAGAACAGGAAAUAUCAUCAUUUCUAGCUUUAAAGGGCUACGAGAAAUCUGCCACUGUCUUUCAUACUCAUGUACCUCAAGGACGAGUUGGAAGCCACAUCUACGUCUAGAAAAAAACUGAAAUGAAUCAUGCCUGAGGAUCAGUUUUUAGACUUAAGAUAUAAUGAAAAAACUUUUACAUAGUUGUACUACACUUAAAAGAUCUUAUACUACAGAAAAGAGAGGGUAGUGAGUCUGAAACCUGGUAAGUAAAAUUGGGAAGUCUGAUUAGGCAGCUAUUGACAGUUUUGAAAUAUCUAAAAAUUUUUCGGAAGGCAGCUUCAGUGGCAAUACAGGAUGGAGGGGCUAGAAACACAACACUAGUGAUCAUCAAAACCGAAGCUAUCACAUAACUAUUUCUACAGUAAGAAAUCAGACAAGACUGGACCAUUUUUUAUAUGGCUGUAGAGCUAUACUAGAUUUGUUUUUAUAAAUAAAGACUUUUACCCACAC